GACGGCGCCGGCAAGCUAGCCGGAUUUCACGCCGACGAAGCGAUCAUUCGUCUGAAAAACACCGGCCCUGAACACUAGCCAUGCGUUGCGCCAGCCUCGUGCUGAUCCUCGGCACUGCCGGGUCGCUCCAGCACGGUGCACCACCAAGGAGAGCAUCUCCACCAGCCCGCGCUGCCCGCGGCCACUGCAAAACACCGAGGAGAAGAGCACCCCUCACCCGCCUGCACAACGCGGCCCAGAGCUCCCACCCCAGCUGGAUCACCGCCGUAGACAUUGAACAGGACGUUUAUAAUACCGCCGUCCAGGCCGAGAAGCCGCCCUGGAAGUUCACGAAGUCCCACGCCGAGGCCACCAUAGGGAGAGAGGCCUUCUGCGACGUCUCCCAGGAGAAGACGUCGCGCGUGCGCUGCGUCGCCCAGAGUCAGCACCACGUGGCCUGGGAUAGAACGCCACAACGGGUGUUGGUGCUGGCGAAGCGCCACGCGGACGAUGAAGAGCUCGAUGUGGCCUACCGCAUUGCAAGGCACCUCCACGAGGCCUGUGGGGUGGACGUGCUACUAGCUGAUCCGUUGUACGAGCAGAUCGGCAAAAGGCUACCAGCAGUGGAAUUAUGGCAAGGCGAGCACGUCUCGAGGUCACCGGAUUUCGUGGCCACACUCGGUGGCGACGGGUUGCUGUUGUACGCGAACACGCUGUUCCAGGCCACGCCGCCGCCGCCCGUCGUCGCGUUUGGCGCGGGCUCGCUCGGCUUCCUCGCACCGUUCGACGUCGAUGAUGAACAGACGGGAGGUACUGUAGAAGAGACGCUCGACGAGGCCGUGUCGCUGGGCGAAGGCGAGUUGGAGCCCUGGCCCGUUUCUCUCAGAAUGCGGUUGCGGUGUCGCGUCGUGGACGGUGCUUCUGGUAAAGUCGUGGGUGGUCAUGAGGCAUUAAAUGAAGUAGCCUUGGACCGGGGCAACUCGCCCUUUUUGUCUGCGGUCGAAUGCUUUUGCAACGAUGAACAUUUAACAACAGCUCAGGCCGAUGGGUUGAUUGUGGCGACACCAACAGGCUCCACAGCGUACUCGUUAAGUGCGGGAGGCCCCAUGGUCCACCCGUCCGUCAACGCCAUGGUCUUCACGCCCAUCUGUGCCCACUCGCUGAGUUUCCGACCCAUCGUCUUCCCCGAUAGCUGUACUUUACGUUUUGAUGUUGACCCGGACGCGCGCGCGGACGCGUGGGUCACCUUUGAUGGACGAAGUAGGGUGUGUCUGAAGCGGGGCGACUCGUUGAUCGUGACGGCGUCGCCGCACCCUUUACCUACGGUCCUACGACUAGGGAACACGGCGGACUGGUUCGGGGGGUUGCGGACGCACUUCAAUUUCAACGUGCGACGGCGGCAGCAGAAGAUCGCGGAGCAGUUCCUAAAUGGCUAGUACUUACGCU